AUGGAUGCAAAUAGGUCGAUAUCGCAACAGGAUGGGCCAUUCUCCAAGCUUCCCAAAGACUGUCUGGUGGAUAUUUUAGACCAGCUCUCUCUGAACGACAGCUUAGCGGUGUCCAGCACAUGCAAAGACCUUAGCGCAUCUUCUAAAUCAUUUAUUUAUCGCGAGAUCUCUCUAGAUUGGACCACUCGGCCUCUGCGACGCCUUCUGCAGUUGCUCCGACUUAUCUUUAAGAGCCCUGAGGUCGCGUCCUAUAUUCAGCAUGUUAGCUUACUAUCCCUCGACCCUGAACCAUGGCGAGAUACCCAGCCAGAGAUGGAUUGGGAAGCAGAAUCAAAGUCUUUUCAAGAUGUGAUUGACCAGUCGAUUGAGAUUGUGCGCAAUGCUCAGUUUCCCAACCCCGACAGCUGGUAUCUCCCCAUCCACGGCGGAAAUAUUUACUGUUUUGCUGCUAUUUUUCUCUCUCAGCUCCCUAAUUUAAGGUCGCUUCGUCUGGAUUAUUCGUUGGUAUGGUGGGAUGGAUUCACGGGAGUUAUGCUUAAACAGGCCCUUCUCUCCCCUAAUGGGGUACUUUCAACAUUCCAGUAUCUCGAGACUGUGGAUUAUGGGGCGAAUGUGCCGAUUGCCGAAAAUGAGGAUAUGUAUAGUAACGAAUACCCCGACAGUUAUCCUCCGUACAAUCCCGACCAGUUUAUGGCUUGGUUCUGCUUACCGUCUUUGCGUCAUCUAAGUAUAUGGCUUCGAGAUAUUGCAGAGCUGCAGGAGACCAAGCCAGAUCUGGAUCUAAAUAAACUAGAGACCUUAGUGCUCGCUCGCACUACUGUUUCUGAAAGGGAUGUAAAUUUUCUUCUUUCCCGAACAGCAAACCUGAAGAAUCUACAUCUUGGAAUGGCUUAUAAAUAUGGAACCGAGCUGGUGCUAAACGACCCCUCGACGCUAGCGCAAGCCCUGGUAUCUGUGAGCCAGACUGUGGAGCAACUUUCCUUAGGGGUAGAAUAUUAUCCUUCAAACCGGGGGGAUCGUUAUUGGUAUGAGGCCGACGAUCACAUCCGCGAACCAUUCCUUAAUAUUCUGAAUACCUUUCCAAAUCUGCAAUCAGCCGAGAUGCCGCUCUGCGUUCUUAUGGGCUGGUAUGUCGAAGACGCGACGGAACUCGGACUGUUGUUGCCCAAGUCGCUCCGCGAGCUAGUACUACGAGACGAUAUGAGGAGCUUAUAUGACUUUGAUUGGGAGGAGGAUGAUACGAUCGACCUGCUAUAUCGCUUCCUACCAGAUGUGCGCACCUAUACCCCUGCUCUGGAAGUGAUAAAGCUGCGCCUAUGGGACCAGAAUCACACCGGGUAUUAUGAUGAGCAGGAGGAGGAGUUGCGCCAUGGAUGCGAAAAAGUGGGCCUGAAGCUGGAAGUGAUUGUGGAUGAUCUGGGAUCUGGUUUGUGGAGCAAAGAUGUUGAACCAGAUACGGAAGAGCUCAACCCAGUCGGGUCUAUGGAUUGA